AUGCAGGGUAUGCAAGGACAACAACCUCCUGCUCCAGUUCCUGUUCCACAAGCUCCAACAGGGCCAGAUUUCCGUGCUUUCUUUAGAAUGGAUCCUCCAGAGUUUGUAGGUGGUCUAGACCCGAUGGUGUCUCAUGAUUGGUUGGCUAGUAUGGAGAGGAUAUUCCAGGAAAUCCGGUGUAAUGAAGAAGAGAAAGUGAUCUUUGCUACACAAAAGAUGAAAGGACCGACUCUUAGGUGGUGGAAUACCGCAUCUACCUAUUUCACUACUCAGGAGAUUCCUAAGGACUGGCAUCAUUUCAAGGCGGCAUUUCUGGGGAAGUAUUUUUCUAACAGUGUUCGGACCCAAAGAGAAAGAGAGUUCCAGAACUUCAAGCAAGGCAACUUGUCGGUUUUUGAGUAUGUUGAGAAGUUUGAAGACAUGGCUGAUUACUCACGACAGGUUGUUUAUGCUCCUGAUGAGUUAUGGAAGAUUGAUCAAUUCUUAAUGGGUUUGAGGGCCGACAUUGCUCAUAGUGUGUCCCAGAGGGAGUUCACUACAUAUGCUGAAUGUUUGAGGCAAUGCUAUGUUGCGGAGAACAGCUUGAAGAGGGUUCAAGAAGAGAGGAACCAAAACAGGACUAAUUUUAGAUACCAAGGGAGAUCUACCCUGCACUUAAAGCCCUGUAGUUCUCCAUCGAAGAAGAAGCAAGGAUAUGGUGACCAAUCGGCUCAACCUCCUUAUUGUCACAAGUGCAAGAAGAGACAUACCGGGGAGUGCAAACCCACUUCUGUUACUUGUUACGAAUGUGGCGAGCAGUGUCACAUAUCUCUUCAUUGUCCUAGAAAGAAGGCUCCUGAGAAGACUGCAGGUCGUGUGUACACCUUAGAUGCAAGGAAGGCAAAAGGGAACAACAAUCUCAUUGCGGCGGUUUUCAUGGAUUACAUGAAUCGAAUAUUUCAACCGUAUUUGGACCAGUUUGUGGUGAUCUUCAUUGAUGACAUUUUGGUGUAUUCUCGUUCUCCCGAAGAACAUGAAGAGCAUUUGCGGAUUGUGUUAUCUAUUCUUCGAGAGAAGCAAUUGUACGCAAAGUUUAGUAAGUGUGAAAUUUGGCUAUCCGAGAUAAGUUUCCUUGGUCACGUCAUCUCUGGGGGAGGCGUGGCAGUGGAUCCUUCUAAGGUAGAAGCAGUGGUGAAAUGA